CAAGACCGAUGGACAAGGCCCGUGACAGAAUAGAAGCCAAAGGACAGAAGCCAUGCCACAACCCGUCUCCCGGUUCAUCAUGGUGUUCUCCUGCCUGGUGCUCUCCGUGUUCUCCACCAUCCCCGACUUUCAGAUCCUGGCCAACCAGGUGCUGCUCAUCCUGGAGGGCAUCAUGAUGGUUUUGUUCGGCCUCGAGUAUUUCGUGAGGAUCUGGGCAGCCGGGUGCUGCUGCCGCUACCGUGGCUGGCAGGGGCGCCUCCGCUUCGCCCGCAAGCCCUUCUGCAUCAUCGACAGCAUCGUGCUGGUGGCCUCCCUGGCGGUGAUCGCCGCCGGCACCCAGGGCAACAUCUUUGCCACGUCGGCGCUGCGCUCGCUGCGCUUCCUGCAGAUCCUGCGCAUGGUGCGCAUGGACCGCAGGGGCGGCACCUGGAAGCUGCUGGGCUCCGUGGUCUACGCGCACAGCAAGGAGCUCAUCACAGCCUGGUACAUCGGCUUCCUGGCGCUCGUCUUCUCCUCCUUCCUGGUCUACCUGGCCGAGAAGGAUGACAACAAAGACCAGUUCGCCACCUACGCCGACGCGCUGUGGUGGGGCACGAUCACGCUCACCACCAUCGGCUAUGGAGACAAGUACCCCAAGACGUGGCCAGGGAAGCUGCUCGCGUCUGGCUUCGCACUGCUGGGCAUCUCCUUCUUCUCUCUGCCGGCGGGCAUUCUGGGCUCAGGAUUUGCCCUCAAGGUGCAGGAACAGCACCGGCAGAAGCACUUUGAGAAGCGGCGCAACCCGGCAGCCAGUCUCAUCCAGGCAGCCUGGCGCUUUUACUCGACUGACCCCAGCCACCCGUACCUGGUCUCCACGUGGAGAAUUUACCAAUGCGUUCCCACCCUCAGGAAGGAACAAGGAGACAUGCAUUGCAGCCAGAAGCUGAGUCUGCGCGAGCGAGUUCGUCUCUCCAGUCCCCGCGGGGCCGCGGCCGCCACCACCGCCGGCGGCGGCGGCUACGGCAUCGGCGGCAGCGUCGGCGCGGCGACGGGCGGGUGCAUGGCGGCGGGGGGAGGGGCCCAGGGCCCCCCCCGUGGGGGCGCGGGGGGCCGGGCCCCCCUGGGCGCGGAUCGGCGCUCCCCCAGCACGGACACGGCAGGGCCCGGCAGCCCAGCCAAGGUCACCAAGAGCUGGAGCUUCAACGACCGCACGCGCUUCCGGCCCUCGCUGCGGCUCCGCGCCGCACAGUCUCGCCAGUGCUCCGAGGAGAGUACGGACGAGGUGUUUGACGACCGGAGGUGCCACUGUGAGAUGGCGGUGGAGGAGCUCACGCCUGCACUGCGCAUUGCCAUCCGCGGGGUGCGGAUCAUGAAGUUCCACGUGGCCAAGAGGAAGUUCAAGGAAACGCUGCGACCAUACGACGUGAAGGACGUCAUCGAGCAGUACUCGGCGGGCCACCUGGACAUGCUGAGCCGCAUCAAAAGCCUGCAGGCCCGGGUGGAUCAGAUCGUGGGCAAGGUCCAGCCGGCGUUGAGCACUGAGAGAAUACGAUCGCGGGAAAAGGUGUCCCAAGAGUCUGACAUCCGGGAAGACCAGAGCAUGAUGGGUCGGGUCAUCAAGGUGGAGAAGCAGGUGCAGUCCAUCGAGAAGAAGCUCGACUUCCUCAUCGACUUCUACCGCCAGUCGCUGGGCCAGGGGGGCGGCUGCUCGGCCGCCACGCCGGACUCGCACGGCAGCCCCGUGGACGGCGCGUCGCUGGCCUCGGCACCGCCAUCAACGCCGCGCGGCCGCCUCAGUGUCUCCAGGUCGUUGGCAACGCCGUGCUCCACGUCGGACGGCCUGCUCUCGCCGCUGCACGCCGAUACCGACGCGGAGUCCUCGCCGCCCCGCACGGGUGACACGGGCGGGACGGGCGGCUCAGGCCACUCGGCCGGCACCUGCAACGUGGCUGUCGAGGCCGCCGGUCACCGCGAUGGCGGCGCCACCAGAGCCGCCGCGGCUGCGGCCGCCUCGGCCUUCCUCUUCCCCUCCGCCCUGGCGUAUGCACCCCUCGAUGGCGUCCAGUACCCUCGGCGGUCCAUUGCCUCCUCUCCAGACGACCUGGACUCGCCGUUCGGGCCUCAGCCUCAUCAUCAACUUCACCAGCAGCAGCACCAGCAGAAGUCUCGGACGUCCGAGCGGCCCCACGGCGUGGCUGGGACAAGCGCCGCCGUAGCCGCUAUGGCCCCUGGCGUGGCCCCCGGCGUGACCCCGCCACAGCCGUCAGCGCUGGAGGAGGGAAUGGCGCCGUGCACGUGGGAGCUGCCAUGGCGAGCUCCGUGCACCCGCCCGGCCCUCGCCCGCAACUCCUCCUCCUCCUCUUCGCUGUCGUGCGGCCGCGAGGAGCAGGGCUCGCUCGACACGGUGGACGAGACGGACGAGGGGCGGCACCCCUCCCCAAAACCGCCCCCCCAGCCGCUCCCGCCACCGGGGGGGUUGGUGGUGGGGGUGCUGGAGGAGGCGGAGGUGUAGGGCGGAUGAAUAAGAGGAGAUGGAAGAGAGGCGGUGGUGACGAAGGGUAGGGGUGGUUGCGGGGCGGUUAUGUUGGAGGAAGCGGAGGAGAUGGGGAUCGUGGAGGUGAUGAAUCACGAACCGUGGAUGCACGGUGUGGUGGGUGGAGACUGCUGCUGCUGCUCCCAGGGCCCGCGUGGGGUGGAGGAGCCGUUGGCUUCGUUCCCCAUGGCCCCAAGCUCUCAGGUGCUCACGAGAGAUGGUGGCGUCGCCACGCGGCACGAUGCUCGUGUUUUCUUUGUGUUUCCGUUCGUUUAUCCGACGUGUGCGUCUCCCACCUACGAUGAGCGCCGAGUGGAACCUAUUUAACUUGCCAGCCCCCGAGCCAGUAGUGUAAAUUCCACAUUUCUCUAACGGGGGCUGGUCUAUCCACAGGACAACCACCAUUGACUUUCUACAAAGCGUUACCCGUUUUCCCAGACGUCGAGGGAUGAUUGGCCGAGUUGACUUGUGUCCGGAAACUUGUGGGUGGAUCCCUGUGACCGUGGUCCGGAUGAGCUCGCUGCCUACCCCACGGCGCGCCGGGGCCUCUGGGAAACGCGUUAUGUGUUGUUGUCGUCGUUUGGCUUUCCUGAGCCAUGGUGCCACUAGUUCUCGCCCGAGCGUUGCCUCCAUUUGAGUACUAAUGCCAACCCCGCCAGGAAGCCAUUCAAGAAGCCUUCCCUGCUGUCGAGAGGAAGUGAGUGAGGUGGUGGCCAGGUCGCUCGAAAGUCAGAGCGCUGAGCCGGCACCGCUCAGAGCCUGGGUUCCAUUCCAAGUCUCAGCCACUGCCGUGGUUGCACCGGGGGGGGGGGAGGUUCUCGGUGCAGCGAGUCGAUGGCCUCGGCCCGGGUUCGCGAGCUGCUCGGCAGUUUGCAGCGAUGCAUUUCAUCGCGCACACAACGCCGACCACGGUCGUCACGAGCAUGAGAGUGCACGCAGCGUCGCUUGCUCGUCCAAGCGACAGUCUCGCUCGUGGACAAAACGGUUGCUGGCGAUGAUUUGAGUCGCGAUUUUUUUCGAACGCCGCGAUUUUGGUGGCACAGCAAACUGAUCGGAGUCGGCUCAGGUUUCUAUAGAACCAACGGGCGCGACGUUUAGUCGCUAUCCUCGUGACUCGCCGGUGUCGAGUGCGUGGCAGCGUGCACACCGUGAGCCCAUCGCAAGCGCAGCGGGAGGUCCCCGCGUGCCUAACUGCCCACUGGUUUGUUAACCACUUCAUUUCUUUUUUGCAGAGCUUGACAAUGGAAAGAUGAGAAUCAUCAUGCCUCCAAUACUUUUACUGCCAUCGAUUUACUUGGAUUUUCUGGGAGGCAGAUAUACAAGUCACAUCAGCUGCCAUGCCGUGCCAAAUCUAUAGCCUUCGGCAUUUUUGAUUGAAGAGCCGAUGGACUUUCUGACAUAAGAACUUGACUGAUGGUGAUUAAAUUCCACCCUCAACAUGCAUUUAUAUCACACCCGUAACAUGACGAGCAUCUUCAUGAUGCAGGUGUUUUAGUCUAGGGACCCACCCCCCCCCCCCCCCCCCAAUGACAGCUGUCCCUGUGCGGCACGAGCCAUAACCGUCACAUGCCAAUUCGCCCAUGGACACGGGGGGGGUCCUCGGCGGGGCCGUGGGAAGCGCCCUAAAACUAUAAACUACCAAACUACUUUUUAUUCGACCAAGUAAGGCCCCACCAGAGUGACGUAGCUUUUUUAUCAAAAGCGACCUGGCUGUCAAACGAUAGCGUAGCGAAGUGGCUCGUCGCCCUGUGGUAAUUAAUAGCGUGGAGCUGUUGCGGCUGGAGUUCUUUCUUGCUAAACACCACGCGCUGCACCCUGAGACACUUUGCUAAUUCCUGUCUGUCACCUGAUGAAGCUGGUUGUAAUUGCCCGAAUUGUAGAUGCUGUGGGUUUCACUCUCCAACGCACCGGUGUACUGAACUAGUAACGAAUUGGCGUGUUUUGUUUACGUGGUGGUGGGUUUAACGAAACAUUUAUAUUUACGUGAUCCAACCCAAAAAAAACCUUUAAUGGAUAACAUUGGUCGCGAAAGCCUACCACAUGUGCAACCCUUAAUUACACUGAUGGUUGACGGUGGUGCUUGGGGUGAGAAUGGUUGGGAGCCUCGUUGGUCACGGACCAUUUUCCGAGAUGUUGAGAAAUCUGCGAUCGUAAGCGAAGUGAUGAACGGUUCGUAAUGACACGUGGGGACAACUGCGCAUGCUCCCGGGGCCACCGCGGCCCAGUGGCCCCCACCGACUCUUACGUGUGCUUGUCGGAAGCAUCUUGAGAGGUGGAAGACGUUACAAAAAGUCACUUUUGAUGUGGCGUCACGGUGGCUAGGAGAUGUUAACUACCUCGCCUGGUAUACAGAAGCUCGUGGGUUCGAUCCCGACCCUAACGCCUGCUGUAUAUUUGGAGUUUACAUGUCCCUCUCCCCGUGAUCGCGUGGAUUUUUCUCCAGGUCCCCUGGUUUUUCCCUACACAUUUAGAAUAAAAAUCACGCAUUUAGAGUAUUUGGCUCCUAUGAAUGUCCACGUGAUAAGCCACUUCGUUGCGCCAUCAUUUGUGAUAGCCAGGUCGUUUCUAAAAAAGAGCUACAUGAUUCAGUGGGCCUUUACCUGGUAAAAUUUAAAUCGUUUUUGGUUUAUGUCCGACGUUUCGCUCCACGUGCUGGGGCUACCACAAGUUGCUGCAUCGUUUCGUCGGAGAACUUGAAUGUGUUUCAGAAGAACCUCCCCAAGUACAUGAAGCGAAGCGAAUCGACGUACGGAGGCGAGAAAGCCGUAUUACCUACGCGCCGUGUCUAUGCGGCCCCACGUAGAAAGAUAGCCUGUGAAUGACCACCAACCAGUGAACGUGGGUGACAAAUAACUACUGUGAGACUGCUGCGUGAACCCAAAGUCAUGGCUACUUUGUCAUGGCUACUUUGCAUUUUUUCUGCAAUGCCUACUCACUUUCCUUUUUAUUUGCCUGCUUGGAUUUUUCUCAGCGUGGAGGCAAGAGGGAAGGUUGGUUGGAGGCCGUCGUCCUGAGAGCCCCUUGGGAAACACUCCUACUGCAUUCUCCGGAGUGUGAGACGCUCUGGAGAGUGAGACGCAGUCCCCGAACUUUUGCGUUGAAAUACAGGGGAGCGAAAGUGAUACUUUCACUACAGAGAAUAUGGUAAUGGUUGAGAUGUGCACUUAUAUUUGAUUUGUUACACGGAUGACGAUCCCGUUUCGCCAACUGCCCAGCUUUUUUUUACACGGAAAGAGAUCCGUGGUGCUGCGUGAGCACAGAUAACAACAACAAUAGCAACAACAAAACCGUCAACAUUGCAGAGAACGAGUACAGGGUCCUUGAGGCGGAUUACUCUACUCAAGAUGCUCCACUCAAUAUACUCUACUCAAGAUACUUUACUCAAGAUGCACUACUCAAGAUGCUGUACUCAAGAUGCUCUACUCAAUAUACUCUACUCAAGAUGCUCUACUCAAGAUGCUCUACUCAAGAUGCACUACACAAGAUGCUCUACACAAGAUACUCUACUCAAGAUGCUCUACUCAAUAUACUCUACUCAAGAUGCUCUACUCAAGAUGCACUACUCAAGAUGCUCUACACAAGAUGCUCUACUCAAGAUGCUCUACUCAAGAUGCUCUACUCAAGAUGCUCUACACAAGAUGCUCUACUCAAGAUGCUCUACUCAAGAGGCUAUACUCAAGAUACUCUACUCAGGACCGAGCGAUGUUUUGUCUGCGCGACAACGAAACAAACAGUGAAUCGAUGUCUGUGUGAGUCAACACCGCUCCUACAACAAAAACAGCAACAGCGUGCGUGUGGGCCGUGUGCAUGUCAGUGCGCGCGCGUGUCUGUGUGUGUGUGUGUUUAGGGGAGUGGCAGUGUAGUGGUUAGCGCGCUGCGCUAUGAUCCCAGCGACCCGGGUUCGAUUCCCGCUCACGGCCAACACCAGUGACGAUUAUUUGAACCGGUCCUGGGCCUCCCCGAGGUCGACACAGCCUCAAAUGAGUACCCGGUGCGAUGUGUAAACAUCGCCACUGGGGAGACAAAGGCGGUCGGGCGUGGCGCUUGCCACCCACCCCCUCGUGUACCAUUCCGAUCCUCAUAGGUGCUUGCUAACAGUACUUGCCCCUACAGUCUGUUAGGCUAUACGGGGGAUAUUUGUCUUUGUUUAGGCCGGUCUGCAUACGAUCUAUCCUGGAUUUAACCAGGCUGGAUUGUGUGAGGAGCUCAGAAAUCCUUGAAAGAUCUGGACAAAGUCCCAUCGGUGAGUUUCUCUGGCAGGCAAGGCUGCGUUGCCUGCGGCAUGUAGCCCGCAUGCCCAGCCACCGCAUACCUAAACAGAUUAUGUUUGGCCAGAUAGCGGGGGCUAAACAGGCACGACACGGGCUAGAGAAGAGAUGAAGUGAUGUACAAGAGGAUGUGAAGCUGCGUGGAUUUGCCGAUGACUGGUACCAGCGGUGUCAAGAUCGGCCUCUGUGGAGGAGGCUCGUGAAGGACGCUACUGGGCAGUUGGAGGCAGUCGUCCUCCAGCAACAACGGAGGGCAGAGGAGCGACGCUCACAACAACGAGCGGAGCGCCGGGUGGAUAAAAUACGGCAAGUUGGUAAAGUCGUGGGGUACAGCUGGUGUGACCUACCAGUCAUCCCAGUCAGCCAACCCACGGCACCUGCUGGGUCCGUCCCGAGACCUUCCUGUCAGCGAACCUUCGACACUUCACGUGGCCUCAAAGUGCACCUGGCCUGGCACAGGCGCCAUGGUGACCUCACCGUUACGUAGUGGCGAGUGGCGGGUGUUGGUAUUGGUACGCGAAUUGCGUACCAAUACCAACACCCGCGACGCUCUGCGCCACAAGCCCAGCGAGCCGCCUCGGCAGAGCAGGCGGGCGGGGGGGGUCCCAAUUCCUGGCCACGGUUUGCAAAUGCUGCGAGCCUCCCGUUGGUCCGGUCAGCCUUAAGCGUGCGUGCGGUGAAGCGUUCUCUCUCUCGAGCAGACGCCCGUGUCGGGAAGACAAAACGUGGGGAGCAUUUGCCGCUCGCUCACUCGCGCCGUUCCGGUGCUCUGGUGGUCGUUAACAGUGCCCCCAAUCACCAAGAGUCGCGGCAGGCCAACGGAAGGAACCUGCGUGUGUGCGUGCGCGUGCAUGUGUGGAGCGACGCUCACAACAACGAGCGGAGCGCCGGGUGGAUAAAGCACAGCAAAUUGGCACUGUAGGGGGCACAGGUGGUGCAUCGGCCAGUCAUCUCAGUCGACCUGUGGCACCUAGGUCUGCCCCGUGACCUGCCAGCGGGCGUUCAACACUUCACGUGGCCUCAAGGUGCACAUGGCCUGGCACAAGCGCCGUGGUGACGUCACCGACACUUAGUGGCGAAUGGCGGUUGUGUGUGCGUGUGUGUGCGCGUCUCUCGUGCGAGCGGCGUGAUUUGCGUUAUCUUGAACCCGCUGGCUGUAACCUGUUCAUGCCAACCGUGCAUGAUGUGAUGCAUGUUCGCUAAA